AUGGCAGCCCGACCACCCAUGAUGCCGCCUCAUAAUGAGACGGCACACUCCGUCAGCCGAAUCACUCGCGAAGGCAAAAAGCUCACAUACAAUCUGAGUGUCAUGCAACAACCCGAGCGUGCAAGAGCCUGUGGUGCUGGCGCUAAGUCAUCGGCCGACCGUCGCCCUGUUGACCCUCCACCCGUCGUCGAAUUGCGCAUUUACGAAUCAGAUCCCGCAAACGAUGCGCAGAAGACUGAUAUUACCUUCGCUUAUAAUGCCAAUUUCUUUCUCUACGCCACUUUGGACACAGCGCGCCCUAUCGCUCAUGGUCGAGUGGCUGGACCGCCGUCGUGUCCGGUAUUAACAGGUGUGCCUGUCGCGGGGGUAGCAUAUCUCGACCGUCCUUCCCAAGCUGGCUACUUUAUCUUCCCUGAUCUAUCGGUGCGCCAUGAGGGCCGAUAUCGUCUGAGCUUCCAUCUCUACGAAGAGAUCAAGGACGCCAAGGAUGCCGACCAAGACUCGAACACACCACUAGCCAACCAGAUAGGCCGCUCGAAUUCGGCAAAGCCAGCGUCACCGCAAACAUACCUGCAUUUCCGCCUCGAGGUGAAGUCGGUUCCAUUCACCGUCUACAGCGCGAAGAAGUUCCCUGGUCUGGCCACCAGCACAUCUCUCAGUCGCAUCAUCGCAGAGCAGGGAUGUCGUGUUCGCAUUCGUCGUGAUGUUCGCAUGAGGCGUCGGGGUGACAAGCGCGAGGAGGACUAUGAAUACGACGAAGGAAGUACGGCGUACCCACGGUCCGAUCGGUACUCGACGCCAGAUCGUUACGUUGCACAGACGGUGGAACGCCCUCGGUCAAACAGCAACGGCAGUACGAUGGAGUCGCCAUAUGGAUUCGGACCCGAUAUUCAACGGCGGCCAUCAGGUCCCGACUAUGGCUUCCAAUGUCCACCACAACCCUACCAACGACCCAUGCCACCCGCGCCCAUGCCUCACGCCCAAACCCCAUCUUACCAAUCACAUCUUUCCUUCGGCUCUACACCUACUCACUAUCCUAAUCAUCACAUGCCGCCCACACCUCCACCAGUGGCACCGCCAGGCACGUACUCUCCUCAUACCACCUAUGCCAACAUCAGACAUGCCUCAGCAACAACCGAAUACGAAGCGUCUCCAGCAGGAUAUCCCAUGACACCUCAGAUUACCGAACCCAGCGGUUAUCCAAAGAAUACCAUGACUUCCUACCGCGUGGAACCACCCAAGGUACAACAAUAUAUGGUGCCUGAUCCGUCGCAAUAUCAGUCUAUGCCUCAGGGCAUGAUGCCCGUUGUAGCGACACCGACACCAGGUCACAUUUCCUACCCUGCGCCGAAGAACAUGGCCAGUGAAUAUGUGAACCUAGAUACGACAAUCGAGGUCGGGUCACCGAGUCCAGGAUAUGAUAAUGUUUCAGGGAAGCGAAUGCUAUAUCACACCGGCCCUGUUGGUAGCAAACGAUCACACGAGGAUUCGUUCGGCCUUGAUGACCGGUCCAUGCAGAACGGCAUGCGUCCGGAUGUGGAUCCAUAUCCUACUGCCUACCGUGAUUUCUCUGCUGAGAGUCGCGCUGCUCUGAUGGCCGAGUUGGGUGCUGAUAUGGCAUACAAGCGUGCGAACGGGAGAAUGGUAUCGAAGAUCCCACCAAAUGCGAUAUAA